AUGUCCCAUGGCAGACGAAGGACAUCAAGUGCUACGGCCCCAGGGGCCGCAUGUGUACGCUACUGCUGCACUACCGGGACACUGAGCUGGGCGGAGUUGCGCUGGUUUUACGUGACAGACGCGAUGGGCAAAGUGGUGAAGGCCUUUCCAUGUCUAUUCGGGCAGCUGGGGGACUUCCCGGAGUCGUCCCGGUCUACAGCGACUCUGCAGCAAGGGUCGCAUCGGCCGUGCUCUUCGUGCUACAUGAAGGAGACACAUCUUGCAGACCUGUCGCAGAAGUCGGUGACGAGGACGGUGGAGCUGCAGAGACAGGUAGUGGAGGCAAUUCAGUCUGCGUCCGACAGCAAGGCGGCGGAGAAAAUCAAGAAACGGUGGUCAACACACCCUGUGCAGUGCUACCUGGAAAGAUGGAACUUUGCCGAGACCACGUGGGGAAACGUGUUUCUCGCAUGCGCGGCAGACCUUCUACACGUCCUGGACGGGGGGAUGCUCCCGCGCAUGGGCAAGUGCUUCAUGGCUGGGAAGAGCAAGCCGGAGAGGCGCGAGUUUGAGAGGCGGCGCAAGGAACAGAAGAAGGACACGCGCGCAAGCGUAGUGCGCAUCCAGGGCGCGACCACGUGGUUCAGCACAGGGGCGAACUAUGCCGCCUUCGAGCACAGAGGAAUGAUGCAGGUGAUGCCCCUGCUUAUCGCUGACAACAUGGAGAAGAGCAAGCAGCCGGAGAAGGCGAAGCGGGAGCGGGAGGUGGCGGCGUUUGUGGCGUACGCCAGCUUCUACAAGGCGCUGGUGGGCGUGACGAAGCAUACCGAGAAGUCUCUGGACGACGUCCGUGAGAUGGCUGUGCAGUACGUACGUGCCGAUCGUUCGUGUUUGAUGUGUUGUGCAUCGACUGUGCCGUACAGCCUAAGCCUGACUUUUGUGCGCACACGCAGGAUGGUGGCGGCCAUCAAGGCCGCAUUCCCAGACCAGACGUCGGACUGGAACAUCCCUAAGGUGCACCAGAUCGUGCACCUGAUCGACGGCAUCCCACUGCGUGGGAUGCCGAACGAGACAUCCACCAACCUGUGGGAGCACACGCACAAGGGCACUGUGAAGGUGCCGGUCCGUGGCAGCAACUGGCACGACAUCCCGCGCCGAAUUGUCGAGGAGGAGGUGCAGCGCGAGAUAGCACGGGAGGUGGCGGCGGAAGCGGGUGGAAACAGGCAGUACGUGACGGCGAUGCGCGAGGCCGUGCGACGCCUGAAGCCAGUCCUGACGAAGACGUCGAGGAGCGCGCACGUGGACGAAGACCUGGACGCGGUGAUGUGGGCGUAUCGCGAAGCUCAUGGGUCAGACAUCGACGCACUCGCCGGGUGCACACAGCCGUGGCGAUCCCCCGAACGCGGGGGGGGGGAGCUUGUGCCCAAGGGCACAUUUGUGAAGGCCAGCCCCUCCGAGCGGUGGUUUUCAGACAUCGCAGUGUACCGGUCUGAGAAGGAGGAGUGGUAUGCCAGGUGCCUCUGCAUCUUCCGCGCAGAGGGGGCAGACGGGGAGAUGGGGCGACACGUGUACGUUAAGUACUACGAGGAGGAGGGGACGUGCCCGAUGACGACAUGCCUGCAGCUGUCUCCCGGCCGUGUGAGAACAAGAUACGCGGUGGUUCCAGUGGAGUGCAUCCAGAGGGUGGUGCACGUGUGCAAGUCAUAUGUCAACAAGCGGGUUAUGCUCCUGAACAAGUUCCUGCUAACGGAGUGA